AUGGCUUCCUUCGUGAACGAGCUCGUCAAUUACGUCAACUUUGACAAGAAGAGCUUGCUAGUGUCCGCGUGCUCUAUUGCCUUCAAUCCCCUCUUCUGGAACAUCGUCGCUCGCCAAGAGUACCGCAACAAGCUCCUUACAAACCUCUUCGGCGGUAACUCUGGUGCCGCUUGCUAUGGCCUCGCCGCCACCAUCUUCUCUCUCGGCAUCGUCCGCGAUCUUCUAUUCAAGAGCGCCAUCGCUGAGCAGCCUUCGCAUCCGCUCCUCGAGACGCCCUAUGUUCAGGCCGCUGCCGUUGCCCUCUUCUUGACUGGCAACAUCCUGGUCGUUACAUCUACCUGGUCGCUCGGCAUUACCGGCACCUUCCUCGGUGACUACUUUGGCUUCCUCAUGGACGAGAUGGUGACGGGUUUCCCCUUCAACGUGACCGGCGCUCCCAUGUACUGGGGCUCCACCAUGAGCUUCUUCGCCACUUCCCUUUACUAUGCGAAGCCGGCCGGUAUCCUGCUGACCUUUUGGGUCUACAUCGUCUAUGUGAUUGCCCUGCGCUAUGAGGACCCCUUCACCGCAGGUAUCUACGCCAAGCGCGAGCAGGAGAGGGCCGCGGGCAAGAAGCAGAACUAA